AUGCCCACCAGGAGCUCGUACUGGUCCGACCUUGGCUUGGGCAUGGUCAAUGCAAUCAACAAAGGAGGUCUGUCAAUAGCAGGAGUCGGCUUACUCGCGGCCUCCACUGCUCUGCUACCACUCGGGUUGCUCGCUUAUCACUGCUACCUCAUUUGGGCAGGCACAACGACGAAUGAAAGUCAGAAGUGGGCGGACUGGCAAGACGAUAUGAAGGACGGCUAUGCUUUCGUCGCCUCCCGAGAUCAGCUCCAGACGCACAAUCAGUCAAGGAAGCAUGGCGAUACAUCGACGAAGAGCAAUGGGAAGCGCCAGACUACUGACAAUCCUGCUCUGGAUUACGGACUUGAUGGGGUGGAGGAGGUCGACGUUUUGUGGCCUGUUACUAGUGAUCAGAUCAUUGUACGAACAUCAGAUGGUAAUCCACCGCAAGGUCAAGAAGCGCUGUGGAAGCUGGUGUGGAAUCUUGAUGAUGUAGUCAAUGUCUAUGAUCUUAGUGGGUGGCAGAACUUUUUAGCUGUACUGAAGGGGCGUCCGGGCACAUGCACUUUCAAUCUCAAGCAUAUUCGAGCUGUCUGA